GUCAGCCCCCAGCUUUCCUCAGAAGCCCUCUUGCAAGGCCACGAAGAUGAGCCGGCUCUGCCUCUCUGUAGCCCUUCUCAUCCUUGUUGUUUCCCUGGUGUCCUGCACCAUAGGGGAUAAAGGCAAGAGCCAUGUCAAAGGAGCUUCUCGGCCUGCUUUCUGCCUGCAGCCUCCUUACACAGGCCCCUGCAAGGCCCGCAAGCUCAUGUACUUCUACAACUCCAAGUCCGGGCUCUGUGAGGUCUUUGUAUAUGGUGGCUGCCUGGGGAAGAGCAACAAUUUCCACACGGCAGAGAAAUGCAUUAAGACCUGUGGUGGUCAUGCGGGGACCCGGCGAGGAACUGUGAGCUCUGCUGCCUUGAAACUCUGAAGUCCGAGAAGGACCCACACAUGGCUGGGCUGUGGCUGCUUCUGAAACAGUUUGAUCUCCUCUGAGUCCUUCUCAACCCUCCCCUCCUCAGCAGAACCCUGUCUCUUUCCUUCCCCCUAUGGGUCUAUUUGCUUUAGUUCUGUCUUGUCCAGUGGGUUCUAAACACCAUGAGAACAAAUCUUCCCUUUAUAACUUGCACUUAGCACAGUUCCUAGCACAAAGGAGACAGUCCAUAAAUAUUAGAGGAAGGAAGGAAUAAAUGCAGGAGCACAUUGCUCAUGACCCGAGUACAUGUAGAGUCUAUGUUUUGAAGCCAGGAUUCUUAUCUUAACCCCCAUCCUCACUGUAUCCUCACUUUCAUUCCCCUCCCCACCAUCACUACUCUCCUUAUGGGUGGCCAAGGUGGAAUUUCUGGCAUGCACUUUUCAGCAUCAUUGGUAGCAGAGGUCUUUUCAAUAAAGACGCCCCUUUCCCUCACAGUGAUAUUACACAUUUUCCUUUCUGUGGCUUCAAACCAUCUCUCUAUUAUUUCAAUAAAUUCAUAUUCAAGUUGAA